AUGAGUAAAGCGUAUCCAGAGAGAAAUUAUAGUACUUAUUCUUUGGGCGGUAUUGCGACACCAACAACACCGCGAUUUAAAUCGGAAGGUUCGGAAAAAGGCAAUGUCAAUUUUAACGGUGGUGAUGGUGUAUUGGAUACAUUCCGAAGAUUGAAACGCUGUGCUACGGAUAAAUGGUUGUCGAGAAAUAUCUUAUUUCCGAUAAUGAGCGUGACAUUUAUACUUACUUUGGUGAUGCAAAUUAUGUCGCCAGCAUUAUCAAUAAAUCCAAUGAAUAAAGUUUGUUCGAUAGGAUUUGCAUCGAUCCCAUUACUAGUUUUUCUCGGAUUCUUCAUUGUUAUUAUAUGCCCAGUACUUUUUUGCCUUAUUUAUGGAAUUCGUGAUGCUUAUGGUGUGCGGAACGAACUAAUAGUCACAUUAGUUAGUGGAACGAUUGCAUACAUCGGAUUUUUUCUAUUCGAACGGAUUUUUGAAAAUCUUGGACAAUACUUUGGAAGCUAUUUAUUUGCAUGGGUUUCCCUCAUAGUAUGUCAUACACUCUCAAUCACAGUCCCUUUGCUGAGAACUUUUGAAUUGAGUUCGAAAUCAAUAAUUCCGAGUUUUCAUAUAUCGCGAACAAGUAGUUUCAAGAGUUAUAGUUCAGAGAUAAUGACCAAUUCGAAAAAGUAUGCACAGUUUAUGGAUGUUUUAGAAGAUUCACAAGAGUUUGAAAAGUAUAGAGAAUGUGCAGCUGCAUGUUUCUGCACCGAAUUGAUUCUCUUCUUGGAGGAAUAUCAAUUUUUAAAACUUCGCGUUGCUCAAUGUUGCAAUCCAGAUAUGAUAGCGUCACAACAAGAUGAUGAAUCAAUUCAAGAACCUGAAAAAAUACACGUUCAAAAUUUGAACACUUUCAUGUUUCCAGAAACAAAAAAUUUAGCACGUUCUUCAAUGUUACUUCCUUCCACCCCGUGCACAAUCUCAAUUGUUGAAACGAUUUCCGCCGCAAGAUGGAUUCCGUUCCCAAUUCAUGAGCUCCGCAACGACUAUUUAAUGUUUUACGAAACGUUUUUCGACCAAACUUCUGAUCUGGCAAUAAAUCUUCGUGGAAGUACAUUGACGUCCGUAAAAGCAAUGAUACAAAAUGAUCAUUUUGAAAUUUCAAUGUUUGAAAAGGCACGCGAGGAAGUUUUGGUGCUGUUAUAUCGAAAUACGUUUGAUCGAUUCUUAAGAAUCUAUAGCGGAGGAACAUCUACUAUCUCUGUUUCUUACAAGCAAAAUAAAUAG